AGGCGUAAUUUAAAAUGCGCGAAGCGGCCGCUGCACAAACCGAAAGUUGAUUUUGCAAGGUAGCGACAUUGAAAGCAUCGUACCCAAGUUCCUUUGAAUUGGAAUAUCCUGCUAUUUUAAAAAUGAGUUUGGAGUAGUAGUGCGACAUUUUACAGAAUGUAGUUUCACUUGAUGGCAUCUGAGGAUACAACCCAAGGCCAAAAUUUCGUGGAAUGCAGUAUAUGCAGGGAACCUGUCUUAUUUUUCUGCAGGCAAUGUAAGGUCAAUCUUUGCGGCUCCUGUGUUGCAGUACAUGUACGUGCCAGAGCUAGAAACGGGCAUACCAUUUUAGAUUUUGCAAGUAAGGAUGAUUACGACCCAUGUCUCUGUGAAUCCCAUCCCGAGAAAGAGUGCUCCUUUUAUUGCAUAACUUGUGAUGUCGCCAUUUGCUUGGUUUGCGUACCUAUCAAACACAGGUCGCACGAUAUAUCCGAACUGGCUGAUAAACUUAAAGAACUUUUGAAAGAAAUAGCAAAGGAAAAUAAUCGACUACAAUCAUCAAAACAUGAAUUGGAAAUAAAUUUAGACCGCACUGAGGAAUUGCUGUCCUCGUUAUCUGAGUUCUACAAAGAAAGGAAAGAUGAAGUAUCAGCAAGGGGGGAGGAGUUACACAGAGAAAUCAACCAAACCGUGGAAAAACUUCACCGCGAACUGGAUGAUAUGCAAACUGAACACGAGACACUUCUUGAAAAGCAAAAGAAAGAGUUUGAAGAAAUGAUUGAAAAAAUCAAUGAAACGAACAGAAAUGUAACAAAAUUGCAGAAAUCACAUGAUGUAAAAAAAAUGCAGACAUUCAUACCUGGAAUUCAGAAACAUGAAACACCGAGCGAGUUCCCACAGUAUUCGUUUCCGAAAUUUCACGUGGGAAAAAUAGAUUUGCAAACUUAUUUUGGAUACGUUGAAAAACUACAGCAGGAAGCAAAAGUCUCAGCAGUCAUUUCUGUAAUAGACACUGGUUUUCCUGCCUCUGAGGAGUAUCAAUCUCGUUUGUAUGACAUGGCCGUUACUGAUGAUAAUAGAGUCUGGAUGGGAGGGAACGACAGAAAACUGAAGUUGUUUGACAUGCAGGGAAACAUCCACAAAUCUGUCAGCAUUUCAUGGAAAGGCAUGUAUAUAUGCGUGCACAACAAACAGGUAGUGUAUAGUGAUAAACCAGAUAAAGCUGUAAAAAUGAUUUCUGUUACCGGCGACGUGAUUACGCUGUUUAAAACAGGAGAUUGGUAUCCUCGAGGCGUCACAAGUACGUCGGCCAAUGACAUUCUCGUAUGUCUUAGUAAGGACGAUCAGUUUAAAGUCGUUCGGUACAGCAGUAACGGUAUCGUGCUUCAGGAAAUUCAGUACGAUUUGCAGCGUCAACCCCUGUAUACUGACGCAACUUACGUCACAGAGAAUAUCAAUGAUGACAUCAUUGUUACUGACUUGACGAAAAAAGCCGUCAUUGCUGUAGAUAGACAAGGAAUACAUAAAUAUACCUACUCUGGAAAUAACGGCAAUUUCUUUCCCUGUUCAAUCACUAAUGACAAGUCCGGCAACGUCAUUAUUACAGAUUACCGAGGGGAAAAAAUUCAUUUUUUGGACAGAGAUGGAAAAUUUCUGAAAUGCAUCGUUACUAAAGAAUCAUUGAAAGGUCCUCGUGCCGUUUGUGUCGUUUGUCACGGUGAGAUGAUGGUGGGAGAAAAAACAACCGGCUUAGCUAAACGAAUCAAAUAUGAUGUACAAUGAAGUUUUUUUUUGAAAUACUGUUCAUCCUCUACUUCAGGAAAAAACAUAUUUCUGCGUUUUUCGGCGAUUUUUACGGAGAAAUUCAAACACGCUGAAGUUUUCUGGGUUUGUGUGCAAUAAAAGAAACAAGAAAAAAAGAAUAUUGCUGCAUACAAAACUUAACUUUUUAAAGCAGAAAGUACGAUUUCAUACAUCGGAAAAUUUGACAUUUAAAAAUUAGUUUGACAUUACAAUGAAAAAAAAUUUGUUUGUGGGAAGGAAUCAUGAUACAAAAGUAACUAACAAAAAUUUUUCUUGACUUAUAGACAGACCAAGAAAAAAACUCCCACUCUUUUAUCAUAAAUAAAAUAAACGUAAUUAUAGUCUUUCCAAGUUAUUGCUUCUAUCAAUUUUGAUUUUAAAAAAAAUGAAAAUACACAUUUCUGUGAACAAAAAACCGUUAAAAUUGAUAUAAAUAGAAAAUAUCCAAGAUAUCUUCAUUGAAUCAUUUUCAUUUUUCAUUCCUAAAACUUCACAGGAAGGUACAAAAGACGAAUAGGGCCACAUAAAAGAUCCCGUAAUAACGAGAAAAUAUCUCGUUAUUACGAGGUAAUUAUCUCGUUAUUACGAGAAAAGAUCUCGUUAUUACGAGAAAAGAUGUUAAUAAAAUGGUGCGUUUCUGAAAAGACCUCCAAGUUGACUGGUUCACCUUUUCAGUCUAUCUUUUUCUUUACAGAAACAUUAAUUCAAUUUUGAUUAAUUUUUUAAAUAACAACGGCCUUUAUUCAUUACUUUUUACAUUAAAUGAUCGGAUUUGACAUUUUACUUUAUAUGAAUAAGUGGAAAGAACUUCAUGUUAUUCUACUGUUCAUCUGAAAUAUUAUAAUCCCACUCAGAAGUAAAUACCAGGAGCCCUAGUCGUAAAAACACAAUUAUGUUUGUUACAGAUGACUUAAAAGGCUAUAUAUGUUUACCCGAAUUAUAUUUUAUAUGUUCAUACACAUCCUACAUCUAUACUACUAUAUUAGAAUAAUAAACUCGAAUUUUUGGGCUUUAAUACCAAGAAAUCGUAAGAGUACUGUCUUUUGUUUUAUAUAUUUCAAACAUCAUUAGUACUUGAAGAUUACCAAUUUGUUUUUAUUUUUCUCAAUCAAGCUUCGCUAAUUAAUAAUCAGCGAAAAUUCCUAUUAAAAAUACGGAAAUCAUCUGGAUUUUUGGGAUUUUACACUUUGGCACAUGCGCAUUACGUUCACGCUAAAUCACGGGGAUCUCUUUAGUUUAUGUUUCCACAAUAUCACAUUCACCCCUACGAAUGUUAUUGUCAUUUAAACUUUUAAUCACGUGGUUUUAUUUGACCCUUUCAGUUUCGCAGUAGAAACCGUGCCUCGUGUUUAUAGACUUUUUUAGAGAAUCU